UAUGCUGCUCGGCACACUUUCAUAACGGGCUUUUGAGUCUCUAAAGCCUCAACAUUUUUCAUUUUGGAGGAUUCCUCCCCAUCCUCCGGGUCGUACCGAACAGGCAAUGACAACGGUCUCGGCAACUCCGCAGCAGAUGAGGGACCGGCUGCUGAAGGCCGUCGACAGUCACAGCAAUAUUUGCAAUAUGGUGGCGGUCUUGGAAGUAAUUACCUAUUUGGAAAAGUAUCCCAUCACCAAAGAAGCACUUGAGGAAACUCGCCUAGGAAAGUUAAUCAACGAUGUGCGGAAGAAAACCAACAAUGAAGACCUUGCAAAGCGUGCUAAGAAGCUCUUGAGGAACUGGCAGAAGCUGAUUGAUCCAGGACCUGCCGAGACACCAACGCGUGGACCCGGGGCCCCUCCUGCCUCUACAAACGGAGGCUUGCAUCCCUGCCGGACAGAUGCCCGUCAGCUGCUGCCCCCCGACGUCUUGGUUGAAGGCAAGGGCGUCCCAGAUGUCAAAGUCAGAAACGAUGUUCAUAACACUUACUCGCCCAAAGCGGCGAAAUCGAGCAACCGCAAGCGGCGGGCAGAGCAGAGGGAUGGCGGCGUGCACUUGCCAGAAAAGAUAUCGAGGAUGGCUUAUGAACACUCUCUAUCGCCUCCGCUCACCAACGGCACUGCGAGCAGUCCCGAGGCGCUGCUCGAGCUGGAGGUUGUUCCAUCUCCUGACAGACCGCCGCGGACGGAUCAUCUCGACAAUGACAAACACAACAAGAUCCCCGUCAAUGCGGUAAAGCCUCGCCCCAGCUCCCCCGGAGUGGCAAAACUACCUAGCACUUCUUCAUUGAUCAAGGUUGCAGUGAUGCAGCAGCAGGUCAGAAUGGAGGAUGGGGGAUGUGGGGUAGGAGGAGCGGGAGGUGGAGGAUAUUAUCAAGCUAAAAGCCCACGUGGCGUCACCACUAGUCCCCGGGGUGUGAAAGAAACAAUGACCAAGCGCUCUUCUGCAUAUGCACCAAAAGGUGUCCCCAGCCCCACGCCGCGCGGCUCCCCUCUGCCUUCGUCCCAGCCCGCGGCGUCGCUAGCCCAAUCGCCUCUUGGCAACAGGCUGCCGCACCCUUCCUACAGGUCUUCUGCGCAGUGGGCCAGUACUUCACAAAGCUCUUCUUCGUCUCAAUGUCCCCCGCAUGACUCGUUUAUAACACUGGAAUCACCGUCGAUCUCCCCGCGUCCCUCCCAGCACAGCCCCACCCAACGCAGACCGUCCGCCGAGGCCACCGCCAGCAUCGUGGUCGCCGAGGAGACGGACGGACCACCUCUCACCCCCUCGGAGAGAAAGAGGAGGAAAAAGUAUCGGUCGAGGGACUAUGCUGUUAACCUUGAUGGUCAGAAAACGGAGGACACUGUUAAGCCUGUGCGCUUAAAAGAACGCAGGAUAACCUUUGAUCCUGUGACGGGCCAGAUCAAGUCCAUGGUACACAAGGAACCUUUUCAGACGGAGGAGGCCGGCGUGCCAGACUCUGCAGAGUGUACAAAGAGGACUGAGAACAUUGUGCCCCAGACCCCGUUGCCUCCCUCAGCCCCUACCUUUGGACCGGCCGCCGCCCCUCCCUUCGCCUCUGCCCCGCCCGUUAACCCCGCCCCUGCCCCUGCCCCUAACCCUAACCCUUUCCAACAGACAAACUGGAAGGAGCUUUCACGGAACGAAAUUAUCCAGUCUUACUUGAACCUCCAAAGUAACAUGCUCACGUCCUCGGGGGUGCAGACCCCCAGCGCGCACUUUUUUAUGUCUGAGUAUCUGAAACGGGAGGAGCCCGGUGUCAAGGAGGCCAGGGAGAUGCACGUUCUGCAGAAGGACAGCUCGGUGGCGCAUCGGCCUGGCGUGAGCGGAGAGGUGACGGACACGGAGCUGGACAGAAUACACACGCAACACUGGCCAGGGGUCAAUGGUUGCUAUGACACAAAGGGUGCCUGGUUUGACUGGACAGAGUGCAUAUCGUUGGACCCUCACGGGGGCGAAAGCAGACUGAACAUCUUGCCAUAUGUUUGCCUAGACUAAAGAGUUUGAGAAUGUCACUUUU